CCUUGUGCGGCUGGCGGCGGAGCUGGGCGGCUGCGGAGAGCUGAGGAGGAGCCGCGCCGAGGAGGAGAAGAAGGAGGAGGAAAAGGGAGGAGGAGAAACUUUUGGCCCCACUUGGAGGCACCUGGCGCCGCCUCGCCUCCCCGCCCCGCUCCCUUCUCUUCCUUCUCUCGUGCAGCCAGGCUGCAGCUUUGGGGCGAGAUUCCCGCCGUGGAGGGAGCGUGCUGUACUUGAGGGAGAAAAAGUUUCCUUUCCCUCCACUCGCUUUUGAUUUCCGACAUUUAAACCCGGAGUACCGUGGGCCCGCUUUCUCCCUCCGUUGGGGCUUCUGAGGGGGCGAGAGAUGCGCCUCGCGCGUGGAGCAGGGCGCGUGUUGUACGGCAACUCCUUGACUUGAGGGAGCCGCGCGCGUUUCCCCCUCGCUCGUGACAAGAGCCUCUCUCUCUCUGCUUCUCCCUCUCGGACGGAGUGUGCCCCUCUCUCUCUUCCCUCCCGCUCCUCUUUUGGCCCCGCCGGAGCUCUAUGGAGGGAGCGCAGCAUGGUUUGCACCAGGAAAACCAAAACUUUGGUCUCCACCUGCGUGAUCCUGAGCGGCAUGACUAACAUCAUCUGCCUGCUCUACGUGGGCUGGGUCACCAACUACAUCGCCUCCGUCUACGUGAAGGUGCAGGAGCCCGGCGCCCAGGCGGUGGCAGCGGCUGCGGCAGCGGCGGAGAGAAAGUUGGAGGAGGACAGCAAAGGGGACACGCUGAGGAUUAUCGAGAGGCUGGACCACCUGGAGAGUGUCAUCAAGCAGCACAUCCAAGAAGCACCACUGAAAGCAGAAGACAACCCAGAAGAGGCUUUCACCGACUCAUCCCUCUUUGCUCACUGGGGCCAGGACCUCAGCCCUGAGAACAGACGUAUUGCCCUGAAACAGUUCCAGUACUAUGGCUACAAUGCAUACCUGAGUGAUCGUCUUCCCCUGGAUAGGCCAUUGCCUGACUUUAGACCCAAUGGGUGCAAGAACCUUACAUUUCCAGACAGCCUUCCUGAGGUCAGCAUUGUUUUCAUAUUUGUGAAUGAAGCACUCUCAGUGAUUCUACGUUCCAUUCAUUCUGCUAUUGACAGGACUCCUGCUCAUUUGCUCAAAGAGAUUAUUUUAGUGGACGACAACAGUAAUAAUGAAGAACUCAAAGAGAAGCUAAAAGGAUAUGUUGAUGAGGUGAACACACAGAAGCCUGGGUUCAUCAAGAUGGUUCGACACAACAAGCAAGAAGGGCUCAUUCGGUCUCGUGUUAGUGGCUGGAGGGCAGCCACAGCUCCAGUAGUUGCACUCUUUGAUGCCCAUGUAGAAUUCAAUGUAGGAUGGGCUGAACCAGUACUCACAAGGAUCAAGGAAAACAGAAGAAGAGUAAUUUCUCCAUCAUUUGAUAACAUCAAAUAUGACAAUUUUGAAAUAGAAGAGUAUCCCCUGUCAGCACAAGGUUUUGACUGGGAAUUAUGGUGUCGAUACCUAAAUCCCCCCAAAUCAUGGUGGAAGCUGGAAAACACUACUGCUCCUAUAAGGAGUCCUGCACUGAUUGGAUGCUUCAUAGUGGACAGAGACUAUUUCCAAGAAAUUGGUCUACUAGAUGAAGGCAUGGAGGUCUAUGGAGGUGAAAAUGUGGAACUUGGGAUCAGGGUAUGGCAGUGUGGUGGUAGCGUUGAAGUGCUGCCCUGCUCUAGGAUUGCCCAUAUUGAACGAGCCCAUAAACCGUAUACAGAAGACCUAACUACUCAUGUCCGAAGAAAUGCACUAAGAGUGGCCGAGGUCUGGAUGGAUGAAUUUAAAAGCCAUGUUUAUAUGGCAUGGAAUAUUCCCCAAGAGGAUUCUGGAAUUGACAUUGGUGAUAUUUCCGAGAGGAAAGCUUUGAGGAAAAAGCUGCAAUGCAAGACCUUUAGGUGGUAUCUUGUCAGCGUGUACCCAGAAAUGAGAAUGUACUCGGACACGGUGGCCUAUGGGGUGCUGCAGAAUUCCCUAAAAAGUGAUUUGUGCCUUGAUCAGGGUCCAGACACAGAAAAUAUUCCAAUCAUGUAUAUCUGCCAUGGAAUGACACCACAGAAUGUCUACUACACAGGCAGCCAGCAGUUCCAUGUGGGCAUUUUAAGCCCUACCAUUGAUGAUGAUGACAACAGAUGCCUGGUGGAUGUGAAUAGCCGACCCAGGCUAAUCGAAUGCAGUUAUGCCAAAGCCAAAAGGAUGAAGCUUUAUUGGCAAUUUACUCAGGGAGGCCCAAUCCAGAACAGAAAAUCCAAACGUUGCUUGGAGCUGCAGGAAAACAGCGAUAAUGAGUUUGGAUUUCAGUUAGUUUUGCAGAAAUGCUCUGGCCAGCGUUGGUCUAUAACAAAUAUUCUGAAAAGCUUGCCGCCAUAGACAUUUUUGGAGGGGGGAGGGAUCUUCUACUCAGUCCUCUUGCUACUGUGUAGCAAAAGUCUGCAAUGUCGCCUGCUGUACUGUAUUAUUUUUUCCUUCUUUUAAUCUUUUUUGUGUGAGUGUGUGGGUGUCAGAUUUGUGGGCUGACAAUAGAGACUUUUUUCAUAAGGACAUUUUCACAGCAUUUAUAGAGAGAUUCUGAAUGACAAGUGAUAGUAGAAUAUCUGGAAAUAUUUUGCAAUUGUAAAUAGGGAACAAAUGAAAAAUAUUUAUAAGUCGGACAAUAAAAUUUUAUUGAUUAAAAA